AUGAUUGAGGCGGAAGCUAAAAUUGACAGUUUCCUUGAAAAACAGGAAAAUGAAAGAAAAAUGGAAGAGCAAAGAAAAUUAUUCAUUGAAGGAUGUAAAACUGUUGAAAAUCGAACGCUUGUCAAUGGUAAAUCCGCGACUGAAAAAAGGCAGGAAAAAUCCGAAAAAUUGAGGAAUGCCGGAAAUAAAUCAUUUCAAAAUGGCGACUUUUGCUGCGCGGAGGAUUUAUAUACCAGCGCCAUUUUAGAAUGGGAUGGGGACCAUCAACUUUUCAACAACAGAGCUCAAGCAAGGAUUAAAUUAGGAAAGUUUACAGAGGCGAUUGAGGACGCAAAAAAGUCUAUUAAGGAAAAAGUUUUAUUUAAAUUAUCUAAAAUAAAUUGAGAAAUAUUCAGUUCUUUGCCAAGGAGAUGUAUCUACUUAAUUUCUCUUUCGCACAAUGACAGAUCCUAUGUAAAGGAAUUACAGUAAUUUAUACGAGGUAUGUUAAAUAAGUUUUGCGGCAAUUUGUUAAAAGACAUGGUAGCUAGAAGCUAGAUGUCUCAAGCCUAAUAAUUUUAAAAAAUCGCAAAACUUAUUGAACAUAUCCUUGUAUAUGUUGUAGUCUAUGAUUCAUAAUCACUUAAAACAAAAACUCAAUAACUCACGAUUUUUAAAUUAC